CCAACUCGCUAGACCCUCAGCCUUAUUGUGGCCUUAACUAGAUACUGAGGUCUUUAUUUCAACUUCACUUUGUCGAAGGUCAUAAGUUGCCAUUUCUGCCAAAUGAAACAAUUCAAAGAUGGAAGCCAUCAAGACGUUGUUCAACAAAGUACAAGAUACCGUGACGCCAAAUUCCGGCGCCAUAAGACUCCCCGACCACGACCGUAUCAGUCUCUUGACCGUGAACGAGGAGCCAUACGACGACGAGAAUGACUCCAACGAUAUCCAAAUUGAUACUCCUCAGAUCCAAUUCACCCCCCAACAACUCUACUCCCACCUCCGCCUAGACCCUUCCAUCAAAUCCAUCCGCGUCCUGGACAUCGACUCACCUCCCUCAGGAAACCGGGACGCUCCUCUCCAGGGAACCCUCCGCAUAGUCCACCUAUCCGACUUCCCCGCCUUUACCGCCCUCUCAUACACCUGGGGUCCUUACUCUUCUCCUAUCGUGGACACCAUCCGUUGCAAUGACUCUUGUGAUAUACCCAUUACCAAGAACGGUCUCGACGCGCUUCUCGCCCUUCGAGAACGGCAUUAUGCGGGGGGUCGGAUGCGGAGUAGGACUGCUCUCCCGCUUACUAUCUGGGUUGACGCCGUCUGCAUCAACCAGGCUGACGACACGGAAAAGGCCGGGCAAAUUGUGUUGAUGGCUGAGGUGUAUACGUGGGCGAGGACGGUGUGGGUGUGGUUGGGCAAUGGGGAUGAGAGGACCGCGAGGGCGGUAAAGGGUUUGGAGAAAGCGGCAAGACUCAGAAUUGCGCCUGUUGGGGUGCCGUGGAUUGAAGAGGACAUGUACGCGGCCCCGGGAGGUCCGAGGCCGGUGGCGUACUACAAGAUGCAACUGGCCAAGAGCAUGAUCUGGGUCUUUUUGCGGACGUACUUGCGCUUUCCUUUGUGCAUACCACAGCAAUUCCUCAGCAUAUGUGGCCUUGGUCGGACUCGGAAAGGCGGCUUGCUGCGGUCCGGAGAUCUCGAUUGUUUGCUGAAUAGGGAGUGGAUGGAACGAGCAUGGACGUUCCAGGAAAUUGUGCUGGCGAGCAAUCCCGUCAUUGUCUGUGGAGAGGAAGCAAUCAGCUGGGCGCAACUUCAACUGGGACUUGACUGCCUUGACCAGAUGAGACCAUCUUUUGUAGGCAGCAGCAGAAGCACCGGGCCCACUGGAUGGAGUGCGCGGUACUACCUUUUCAAGGGCUGGGCCAUAUCGAAAAACAUCAGAACCAUGAGCGAUUGGGAAAAGUGGGUUGACGAGUCUGUGGGGAAAUCAGAGGUUUCACAGCGAUGGUCGAACCUUUUCCAAGUCUGGAGAACGGUCUCUCGUCCCACGGGCUGGAAUGGACGAGCUUUUCGCAGUGUGCCCAAGUUGAAUAGCACAGAACACAACGACAACGACUUACAGAACGGAGGCUCAACUAAGUAUGUUUCCGUCAAGGAAUACGAAGGUCAAUUCAGCACCCGGAAGAUAUGGAAUCGAGCUCGACUCGUGAUUCUACCCCCAUAUGUCGGGUUCAUGACAAUACUUUUCUCCGCCAUCGCAGUACCGGCCAUCGCAAUACCGGCUACGGGUGACUUCAGAUUUGGUCUAUUCGACGAUGAACUGUCAUACUUUUUCAUUUUUCGUAUUGCAUCAAGGCUUAUUACGCUCAAUUUACUUCCAUUUAUAGUCUAUGUUUCUCUUGCCUUGGGUUAUCCGACCAUAGGGACCCAUGCGUGGUUCGACAUCGAUGCUGCCAGCGGUUUGGUUGCAAUCAUUCGUGUCCUUAGGGACCGCAAGGCCCAGGAAGCUCAUGACAAAUCCUUUGCCACGCAUGGUGUUCUGGAGCGACUGGGCGUCUCGGUUCCCCAGCCUGAUUACAAGAAACCACUUGGAAAGGUGUAUCAUGAGCUAUAUGCCGAGUUGGUAAAGCGGGAACCAUCAUAUAUCGCCCUCUUAUCCGACGUGAAAGGGUCAGUAUUGCAAGGAGCGCCAAGCUGGGUACCGGACUGGGGAUCUGAGAAGCUGCAUUGGGUGAGGGAAGAUGCCAUCUAUAGCCGCAUCGAAGACCCGUCAAGGUCAGACUCUUUUGACUUGGUCAAGUGGAAUUCGGAAACCGAGAUCGUCGUCAAAGGACUAUUCAUCGGAGAAUUAAGCUACACUUCACAGCCUAUUGGACGCGAAGAACAGGUCAAUGGCGUUGAGCCCGCGUGGCGCGGCUCCCUUACUGCUAUCGAUGAGUGGCGGCGAGAGCUGGUCGACCUAUACGCGCAACAAACGCCCCGGUGCGAGUACCACUCGUCAUCAGUAUCUCUGACGCUGUGCCCAUCCAAUCAGUCAUCGCCAGAAGAAUGGAUUGAAGAGGACUUUAGGAGAUGGCAUAAGAUUCUGACCUCACCUGGCUAUGAUGAUGCCUCUAGACAUGAGUUGAUUGUGCUGGCGUUGUCAGAGCGGGAGUUUCAAGCGCGCAGAUUUACCGAUUAUAUAUGCCGUGGUUUUGCCGGCACUGCCAGCUUAUUUGUCUCGGGUGACGGGUUUGUUGGAAAAGGACCCAACGGGAUAGAGAAGGGAGAUGAGAUAUACCUGAUUGAUGGUGUCGGUCAGCCCAUGAUAUUGCGGAAGCAGGGGGACAGCGGCAAGUACAGAGUCAUCGGUCCAGCUUUUGCUUGCCAGGUGAAGGAUCUUCAUACAUUCGAAGAUGGAGACCGAGGGGUUCUGGGCAGCAAUCGGUGGGGGCCAGUUACCCUUGUUUGAGUUCUCUAAAGCCAAGUUUCAACGGUCUAGGAUUUGAUGCGGAGGAAUGAUGUUGGUUUGAAGUUAGACAAAGGAAAGCAAGAAAUAUCCACGGAAAGGAUUUAGAAAAGUAGAACCUGAGCGUACCGUUGAAACCAGUGUUUAUCGCACCUGCCACUCGCUAACCUCUCUCGUAAUAUGCAUAGCUCGAGUCGCUCUUCCCUUACGUCGAGUCACUCCUUCCUCACUACAACUGAACACUUGACGACC